AUGCUAUAUGAGUUGGUAAGUGUGGUACGGGUUGUGAAUCCACUGGUGGCUAAUGCCGAGGCGAAACAGCUCGCUACGACGAUAGGAAAACUGAUAGUUCAGAACAGAGGGGUGGUGAGAAGAAUUCUUCCCAUAGGCAACAAGCUGCUGCCAAAGAUCACUAGAAAAGAUCAGGAGCAACAUUUCCAGGGCUACCACUUUCUGAUGCUUUUCGACUCUUCCGCGCCAGUUCAGUCGGAAAUUUUGAGGACGCUAAAGAAGGACCCUCGUGUUAUCAGAUCAUCUAUCGUCAAGAUGGAUACCUCGAAGCAACUAGAUGUUGCCUCUUCGAUCGAAAGAGCAGCGGGGUACACUUCUAUACUUGACAAAUUUAAGAAAGAUGUUUAUUAA